CCGUGUCCGACUCUGCAUUCAAUUCACAAAUACGAAAAAUUCAUCAUUCACCAGAUUCUAGAACGCCGUAGCUUAAGCAAAAUAUAAUUAAUCAAUCAAACAGUUCGCGUGCAUCAUGACUCCCCACUAAAUAAGUCUUCCUAGCCAGCUCUCUUCUGUUUCACAUCAAAAUUCCAAUCAUCCUCGUUUCCCGAUUCCCCUUCUCGAUUGCGUUGCGGAUUUGAUCGGGCUUGAAGAAAUCGGUCCCCCAAUUCGUAUUUUGAAGAAGAGGUGUUGCAUUCGAUUCCAAUUUCCUUGGGGGCGUCGGUAAAGUUUCAAUCUUGACAUCCGCCCCUCAAUUCCGAUUUCCCCCAAUCCAAAUGGUCUGUUUCGAUAGCUCGAUUUCGGUUGAACAUCACACCGGCAUGGCUAAAUCCGUUAAUUCAGUCGACCCUUGUUCGAAAUCCAAGCAAAUCAACCACCACUCGCACAAGAGUAGGAAAAAUCCGAUCUCAUUCAAUAAGCUAAACAUCCCCGCAUGCGAUCAAUCUCGCUACGCCGUGAUCGAUGUCGCGAUCUUGAUCGCUGUAAUCGCUUCCUGCGGCUUCCUAAUUUACCCUUACGCGCGAAUCCUGGCCCACAAAACAAUGGAACUCGGCGAGGAGGUGGUCGACGUGGUGAGCGAGGAGAUCGUCCGGGCGCCCAUGGUGUUCGGCUGCUUAGGGCUCAGCAUUCUGUUCGCGGCGAUGGCUCUCGUCGCCAUCGCCAUCUGCACGGACAACAGGUGUGGGAAGCCGGGGUGUCGAGGCCUGGCUAAGGCUGCUGAGUUCGACAUUCAAUUGGAGGCAGAGGAGAGUUUGAAGAGGUGUGGUUGUUUAUCAGAGGCUUCGUUGAAGAAGGGUCUCUUCGAAUUGCCUCGUGAUCACCACAAGGAGCUGGAGGCGGAGCUCAAGAAGAUGGCGCCGCCUAAUGGGAGGGCGGUGCUGGUGUUCCGAGCUAGGUGUGGAUGCUCUGUGGGGAGAAUGGAGGUUCUUGGGCCGAGGAGGUUGUCUCGGAAGCUAAAGAAGUAGGCUUCAAUCUUGAUAUGGUUUACUUAUUGCUCAUCUACUUUGAUAUUAUAGCUUAUCUUUAUAUGGUGGAAGUUACUUGAAUGAUGAUAAUGAUGAUGAUGAUGAGCAUAUCUAUUUCCUUGUUGACUUCAUCUAAACAUUGUAGAUUUGAAUAAGCUCAUUUGGCUCAUUUGAAUAAGAACAUUGGUUAAUUGAGGAAUA